CAAAUGACGCAAUGAGCAAAUUUGAAAUAUCCCCAACGACAGGAGAGUUACGCACCCUUGCCAUCCUUGACAGUGACACGUCAACUGGGGGCGUUGGCUAUUAUGUUAUCAAGUAUAAAGUUAAAGAUGGCGGAACACCCAGUCAAGAGGCACAAAGUCAAACAAAUCUUACCUUGACCCCUGUAAAUGAGUACCCACCAGUCAUUCAGAACCCCUUGUCGCGUGUGGACGUCAACGAGAAUGCUGCGAUGUCGUCGUUGGUGUCUACGUUCAGCGUUGUUGAUAAAGAUGGCGAUACUGUGACGUUUUCUGUCACGGGAAAUCUGUUCAGGUUUUCAGGAUUAAAUCUGACACUCUCAAAGAAGUUGGACUUUGAUACAGACAACAACAAAAUGUUUACAGUGAGUGCUACAGACGGCAAGUUCACAACAUCAGUGUCGUUUACAAUAAACGUCAUCAAGAACAACGUCGGAGGGGUUGCAGCUCCUAAAAUACGAGCACUGACGUCACCGACGCUGAUGGAGGAACGACCUAUAGGAACAGUUGUCCCCUUGUUCCAAUCUGUUGACGGCGGGAGCCCACCGCUUACUUUCAAACUCAGUGGCGAAGACGCCGAGUAUUUUUCUAUCGACACAACAACGGGUGAGGUGAAGUUGACGAAGUUCGUUGAUUAUGACAACGGAACCAAAGUCCUAGAUCGUGUCACCAUGACCGUCAGUGACUCUGCAGGUCAGGAGGACUGGGUCACCUUCAACAUCGCUAUCAUUGACCUGAAUGACAACAGUCCGAUGUGCUCCCAGUCGGAUUAUCUUGUGGAUGUGCCUGAAAACACAUCCCCAGGGCAGCUGCUACUAACACUUCAGUGUUCUGACCUUGAUGACAACCAACUCGGGAACUUCACCAGAACACUCGUCAACGACGGAAGUUUCAGCGACUACGUCACCUUAUCUGGUCUGAGUCUUUACACGGGGAACAAUAUAACGGAUUUCGAGUCGGUAGCCCCAGAUAGUUCCAGCGUCCUCAAGGUCGUCCUGACCGACAACCCAGGAGGUUACGUCCAGUUGACCUCAACACUACUGAUAACGGUUCAGUUAUGA